UGCGCAUGUUCAGUUCAAACACAGAGAAACAAGAUGGCGGCCGCAGCAUCAAUGAUGCCGAACUUCGGGCAGCAAAUUUCAUCCAAAAACGACCUGGUUCCGGACUGGACCCGCCAGGAAGUCAGCACAGGGACCACCAUCAUGGCGGUGGAGUAUGAUGGGGGCGUGGUCAUAGGUGCGGACUCGCGGACCACUACUGGAGCCUACAUCGCCAACAGAGUGACGGACAAACUGACUCCGAUCCACGACCGGAUCUUCUGCUGCAGGUCAGUCCAUCCCACCCUAACCCUGUGGGCGGAUCCAGUGUGUAGGGGGGCGUGGCCUCACCUGUUGUGUGGUGGUUUCAGGUCCGGUUCUGCCGCUGACACUCAGGCCAUCGCUGACGUCGUCGCCUAUCAGCUGGGUUUCCACAGCAUCGAGUUGGACGAGCCCCCAUUGGUGGAGACGGCGGCCAACCUGUUCCGAGCCAGCUGUUACCGCUACAGGGAGGAGCUGAUGGCGGGGAUCCUGGUGGCGGGCUGGGACCGCAGGAAGGGAGGCCAGGUGUACUGCGUUCCAAUUGGUGGGAUGCUGGUGAGACAGCCGGUGUCGGUGGGCGGCAGCGGCAGCACCUACAUCUACGGCUUCAUGGACUCGAACUACAAACCUGGACUGAGCAAAGACCAGUGUCUGGAGCUGACCGCCGCAGCUCUGUCUCUGGCCAUGGAGAGAGACGGGUCGAGUGGGGGCGUGGUCAGACUGGCGUCCAUCUCCGAGGAGGGGGUGGAGAGACGGGUCAUCCUUGGAAACCAGCUGCCCAAGUUCUCCACCCAUUAAACGUCCACAUGUUCAUGUUAAUAAAGGUUUGUUUGUUUACCGUCCU